CUCUCUUCCCAUUUGGGGGGUUUCAAGGAGAGAGACAGAGAUAGGGCGGCUCUCUAAAGAAACCCAUAUCACAUAAACUGAUAUUUCGAUGAUCUAUUAUGUAUACUCGCUAAUAUGUGCGUGCAGAUGAAACAGAGGUGAUUGCACUCUACUUGCCUUCAGAUUACUGGCAGCCAUUGAUCUCGUGAUUAAACCGUUCACAUUUGAGAAACACAUCUCUUAAUAGUGUGGAGUUUGGUUGGUAUUGUGGCCUUGUGGGUGCUUUCUGUUGCACAUACCCAGUUCCACUUGAAGUAAAAAAUAUUUCUUUUGGAUUUUGGUUUGGACUAAUUGGGAGAUGAUCAGCUGGAAAUGAGUCCUGGGACAUGGUGCAUGGAAAGGACAGAUGUUUCUGGCCUGUUCCUUUGCUGGAAAUAGGUGAACCAUUUCGGUCUGUGAUUCAUUUUUCUGCCUCAAAUAUUUCGUGCAAUGUCUCGCUGCUUUCCUUUUCCACCUCCAGGAUAUGAGAAGAAGACUACACUUGCUGAUACGGACUUGCUAACCAAGGAGAAACACAAGGAGAAAAAGCAUAAGAAGCACAAGAAGAACAAGGAAAAGAGUGAAGGAAAAGAAAGGGAAAAGGACAAAGAGAGAAGUGACAGACAACCUAAAGAAAAGAAAGAACGAAAGAAGAAGCAUAAAGACCGGAAUAAUAGGGAAAGGGAGAAGAAAAAUGAUACUGUCGAGAAAGAUAUUGUACGACCAUCGGAGGGUCAAAAUGGUGAGAAACUUGGUUCAAAAUGCCCAGAGAGUGGUGCUACCGUUGACUCUAAGUUUUUUCUGGAGUUGCACAAGAGAAUCAAAGAAGAAGGUGGAGCUAGAGAAAACCAAAUGUUGAAGAGUAUUACUGUUACAUAUCGGACGAGCGGUGAACUGGCUGGUAGGGUUGUGGAAAUCAACAUUGUGAAUUCCGCUGAAGUGAAAGAAACUUACAAAAAUAAGAAAGAUGGUGAUAGAAAUAUUAAUGGAGAAUGGAACCAAGUUGAGGUAAGAGGCGUGGAAAAUGGUUUUGUUCAAGGUUUCUGUGUGGAAGAUGGCUUUGUUCAAGGUUUCAAUAGGGCGGAUCAGAAUAGAGUUGGGGGAGUUUCUGGACCAGUGGAAAAGGAAGUCAAAAAGCAGAGGGAGGGGGAAAAGAAGCAUAAACACAAGGAUGGUGAAAGACAAAAAAGUACAGAUAAGCCAGAUUAUGAAGACAGGGCAAAAGAGAAGGAAAAGGAGGCGAAAGCGAAAGAAAAAGAGCCAGACAAAAAGCAACCCAUAUUGCAAGGAAGCGACAAAGAUGGCGUAGAUAGUCCGAUUCUUAAGCCAUCUCCCCUUUUGAAUGAUGGAAACAAGAGUUCCACCUACAACAUAAGUCUUGGCAAACGAAAAGAGCUUGAAAUGAAUGGAUUUUCACAUGAUCGGCCCAAUAAAUUGCCGAGACUCAUCUCUUCCUCUCACCAGCUCGUGGAAAAUGCAAGGAAAUUGGAACUAUGCCAGUCUGCUCUCCAGCUUGCAUGCGAGAGGCAGGUGGCAGCCUCUACUAACCAUAAGGUGGAGGCUAUCAUUUCUUCCUCUCACCAAAUCCUGCCAAAUAGAAGUAAAUUAGAAUCAAAACCAACUUCCAUUAGCAACAAGACAGAUAAGGACGCCAGGACUAAUGGUUUUUUAGAGGCUCGACAACUCAAUGCUUCCUCUGGUAAACCUUUGUCUACUGCUCGAUCUAAAGAGAAAGUUGAAGCAUCUGUGAAGCUUCCACAUCCCGACUCUAAGUAUCUGAGUCAAGUUUUUCAUGUUCCCAAAGUGGCAGAGUGGUGUGAUUUUGAUGACCAGGAGUGGUUGAUUAGCAACUAUAAGCUUCACGUGAAGAAGCCCAAUGCAGGUCCGUUAGAGGUUGAUUGUUCCCCUCAGGUAUGGGUACAAGCUUUACGGACAGAAUCCAUGGAUGUUGCUGCUCUGCCAUAUGUCAUACCUUUCUGAGUUGGUACUGAAUGGAUUCUUCAGCUUCCCCUUCGAUCCUCUCUGAGCUGGAACCACGCUCGUUAUGAAAGCAUUUCCAUGUGGAUCCAAAUUUUCUUGCAACCUUUGCGGACAUUUUUCUGCUCGUGCUCCUCCAGGCUGGGCACCACUGCAUUACUUGAGUCAUUGAGGGUUUCUUCUUUUAAUGAUAUUAAUCCAUGCAAACACGUUUAGGGAUCAUUUGAAGAAACAUGCUGGGGUUUUUGCAGGAUUUUGUAUGGUCUCUCCUAUUGGAUGGGGGAGACAAAUGUGGUGGGAAUUUCCUACUUUGGUUUUCGGUAAUGACAGAAUUGAUGCGGUCAUUAUUGCACCACUACAAAUUUUUUAACAUUGUAACUUAUGGUUUCAUAUAGGGUGAGUGUAUAUUUGAGGAAUCACUCUUAUUUGAGGGACUUUUUUGUUUGGCAAAAUAUUAGCAACCUUACCUUUUGCUGGCUUAA